AUGAAUCCUUACAAAGGGUAUGUCGAUCGAAUUUACCUAAUUGGUAUUUCCAAUCAGAUUGAAGAAGGUAAAAUGACAUGGGAAGAAGCUUGCACCCAUGUUCCCAUCACCCCAACCCUUCAAUCAAAUGAUUUCAAAUAUUUAGAUGUUUCAAAAUCUUUUUUACAAAAUCAAUUUAGCUUACAGAAUAUCCCAUUGCCUAAAGGCAAGAAAGGUCGUAGGGUCAAUCCCUACGACCAAAUCAAAGCUCUUGCUGUGAUACAUGACCACUGGGCCUUUCCCUGUGGUCAAACAAAACAAUGGAAACGUUUGAAAUUACAACAAAUUGAUGUAUCUUAUAGAGAAGUACGCAGAUACUUCAAAGAAAAUCAUUUCACCAAGACGCGAUUAGAGCAUGCCGGGCCAGAAACAGCAGUAAGAUAUUGGGCGCUUUCACCCAAUCUUAUCUGGCACGCAGAUGUUCAU